AUACAGUGCUGCAUUCCAUUAGCGCACAUUUUCAAAGAGAUCAAACCAAGUUCUGCUCUCUUUGAAAGUUGUUAGCAAAACUUAUAGUCUUUGUCUCUUUAACAUCGUCACACUACUACCGACCUCUGCCAAGCAAGUGGAACUCUCUUAUCAUUGGAGGACAACUUUCGCUACAUUACCAUGUCGAAGUACGGGAAACCGAAGCGAGUUAACUCUUUACCUAUAUUUUAUGAUGUGUAUGAACAAAUACAAACGGAUUCUCCGGUUAAAAACGAGCGGCAUCUCGGGAUAAAGGAUGCUAUUAAGAAUAUUGCUCUGGAGGAUGAAUUACGAUUGCGUAUGGGAGAAGGGUUCUGUCGCGAAUACCUCUCUGGAGCAAAUAAUAUUGUUGGUUCUUUCAUUGCUGCUGGCAAUUCCAAAACGCAAAUUGGCCAUAAUUUUACCAUCAACGAGUAUAACGUUAACACGAAGACUAUCGAUCUUCUCAAUAGCUGCUUGGAGGCUUUCAAGAUACGUGGCGCAGUAGAUGAUAGCAAGGACAAUUCAGAUCUCCUUGAGGCUGAGCUCGAAGGACACAAACUUCUAUUUGAGCGGUGGACUAAAGCAGUUGGCUUUACUGGAGGGACUUUGAUGGCUCAACACCACCGCUACUUGGACGAACCCAAGAUACUAUCCACAGUACUUGCGAUUCUAACAAAGCUUCAUAAGCAUAUUAAAAAUGAAGGGAACGCCGAUUUAGUACGCGAAAGCUAUACGAUGGACGCUAGAAAGAGAAUAAACAGAAGCACUGCAUACCACUCACUUUUGGGAAGCUUAAUUCAAAUGCUCUAUGAAAUAGUCCCACCAGAUAUAGAAGCAGGCUACGGCAGGGAGGAUGGGAAUUACACAAAAGGCGAAAGCCACUCGACGGGGACGAACGAAGUUCAGGAGAUUUUGGCUCGAUUAGAAGAAAAGGCUUUGGGUAAGAUACGAGGAUUCUUGCUGAAGCUUUGCUGUUGCACGAUAGCUAAUCUUGUAAAGACGAUGAGAGACAGAAGAUAAGGGCAUGGGUCCUUGGUCCAAACGCGGUAGAUGGACCAGAUCUGUCUAUCUACGAACGCCAGCGCGUGGACAACACGUGCAAUUGGAUAUUAAACGAGCCAAAGUUUCUUGAAUGGGUGUCGCCUGAUUUCAUCGACAACAAUUCGAAAGCAAUGUGGCUGCGUGGGCCUGCUGGCUUUGGAAAAACGUUCGUUUGUGCAAGGAUAGUCGCUCAUCUUGCUUCCACUCUUGGAAAACCGCUUGGCUUUUUCUUUAUGUCUUCUGGAAUAGGCUCGAGUUGCGAUCCUUUCAGAGCAAUGCGCUGGUGGUUAUCCCAAAUACUUGACAAUCGCUCUGUAUUGACUAUUUUUCGCAGCGAGUGGCUUCUACACCCGGAACCAGUGACAACUAGAGGAAGUGUUGUUCGCUUGUUUGAGCGAGUAGUCCGAGAAGUGCCGGGAUGUACCUUCGUUUUGGAUGGCCUUGAUGAGUGUGUUGCGCUCGAGCCAAAGAGUCCACAUGCAUAUUCUGAAUUGGUAUCUGAAUUCCUAUCAAUCAUCUGGAAAGCAGCAGCAAAUACGAACACGCGCAUCAUGGUUGUGAGUCGAGAUAUGUCAGAAAUUCGACGAUCCAUACCGGAUACUGGGUUCAGAUUUUUCGAACACAAUUUAACAAUCGAAGACAAUCAACAAGACGUGGCUCUAUAUUCUAUGAGCAUUGUAAACAAAAGGCUUGGAAAUAAAAGCACAACUCUCAGAGAGAAUAUUGCGAAGCGCAUGGCUGAUAGAUGCGAAGGCCAGUUCCAAUGGCUGUAUUUGCAAAGCAAAACGCUAGAACGCUUACGUUCAUUUAAUGAACAACAAUUGGAACAAAAGAUCGGUAAAACACCAAAAGAAUUGAGCAGCAUUUAUGAGAGUACAUAUGCUGUAAUAUCACGAUCUGAUGACUAUGAUAGAUCUCGUGCAAUAGCAAUACUACGAUGGGUAGCAUUUGCGAUCCGACCUCUAUCCGUAAAUGAGAUCACUGCAGCCUUGCUUGUCGAAGAGGAAACUAAGGACUUUCCUGUCGAAGAUUUGCCAGAUGAAAUUGAUGAGUACUACGUGGAUGAUUUGAUUAUUGCCAUAUGUGGAGGGCUCAUAGAAUUACGCAAAAAUCCCACCAGUAGUGAACUUGGGCUACAAACACUUCAUCUGCCACACUUCUCCGUCAAGGAGUUUCUCUUACCAAAGCUCACCAUGGAGGCGACAUCAGUCGCCCUAAGUGCGAGUCCUUUGUUUUCCGCGGAAUAUGAGGCGAAUACAAAACUCGCAAUCUCGUGUCUACAAUACAUCAACUUUGACAAUGUUUGGGUGGAUGAUGGUGUGGACGACAGUGAUACUCGCUUACAUGUACUACGAUCAUUCCAGGAAUACGCAUCAAUAUCUUGGCAUCAGCAUAUGCAAAAGGGCGAAUGUCAUGAACCCAGCCUCACUAGACUUCUUCUCAAUUUUUUUGGAGUUCAUAACCGCAAUUGGUGUGCAUGGGUAAAAGCAUUGCCCGAUGAUGACGGAAUGCGCAGAUUGGGUCGACUUCAUUGCGUUUGCUAUUUAAACCUGCCAGAUGUAGCUGCUAAUCUCAUUCAUCAAGCUCUUGAUAUAAAUGAGACAACAAUGUCUGGUAGUACUCCCCUUUUUAUUGCAUCGAGGGAAGGGUAUAUUGCUAUUGUAAAGUUAUUACUUGAUAACGGAGCAGAUGUUAGCAAAGAGAACAAGUAUGGAAGAACGCCUCUCCAUGAAGCUUCUGGUGAAGGGCAUACGGAUGUUGUAGAGCUUCUUCUCGGAUAUGGAGUAUAUGCCAAAUAUAGAGCAUAUAUCAACAAAAAGGAUAACUACGCCAGAACAGCACUAUAUUGUGCAUCAGCUGAGGGACACGUCUCCACGAUUGAAGUCCUGAUCAAUAAAGGAGCAGAUAUACAUCAUACUAAUAUUGAUGGUAUAGCGCCAUUGCAUGCGGCAUCACAAUACGGCUAUAUAGAAGUUGUGAAAGUAUUGUUUAACAACGGCGCAGAGAUCAACACUAGAGAUUGCAAGAACAAUACUCCACUACAUGCUGCAUCAUUCGCCGGCCACCUGGAGAUUGUCCGCUUUCUAGUCAUACACAAAGCAACUAUCUCUGCUGCAAAUGAGACUGGAGUUACACCACUUCAUAGAGCAUCAGACAACGGGCAUAUAAAGGUUCUUAAAGUUCUACUGGAGAACGAUGCAGACAUCAAUUCUACCAGUCGUAACGGAGAAACAGCAUUAUUUCGAGCCUGCCUUAAGGGAAACUUAGACAUAGUCCGGGUUUUAAUCGAGUACGGAGCAAGCACAUCUCUCGCGAAGAAGAAUGGACGGACGCCGCUUCAUAUAGCUUCAGAGCACGGUUAUACUGAGGUUGCUAAAACGCUGCUUAACAACGGUGCCGCAGUUGAUGCAUUAGAUCUCAUUGGUUCUACUCCAUUGCAUGUGGCAUCGGCUAACGGGCACCUGGCUGUAGUUGAACUCUUGAUUAAUAGUGGUGCAGACGCAAACAUUACGGACAGAGAUGGAGAGUCUCCUCUUGCAUAUGCAGUCACUGGCGAGCAUUUUGAGAUUGCGCAACGGCUAUUCGAUGGCUUUAUCAACUGGAAUACACUCGAUACAAACGACCUACCGUUAAUAAACUUGGCAGCAUACAUUGGCCAUGUUGAAACUGUACACCGUUUCAUUGAUCUCGGUGGAGAUAUCUCUGCCACUGCUGUGAAGGACCACACACCUCUAUUGUCCGCUUCUGCUGGUGGACAUGUAGAGCUAGCUAGGCUAUUGGUACAAAAUUGCUCUCAUAUCGACGCUACGGGUGAAGAUGGAUGCACAGCACUAUAUUUAGCGUCGGAGCGUGGUAAUGUCGAACUUGUCAAGAUGCUACUGGAGAACAACGCAGAUAUCAAUAUCGCCCAUAAAAACGGAUUUUCAGUACUUCAUGCUGCAUGCAGGAACAGUUCUUUGGAUGUUGUAAAGGUACUACUUGAUUAUGGCAUUGAUAUUAACGUAUCACAUGAUCUUAUUGGCCGCGCAUCACCUAUUUUUGUCGCGUCGAUGGCUGGUCACUGUGAGCUGAUUCAAUUGCUAAUCGAUAAGGGAGCCGAUAUAUCUGCUAUGGAUAAUGAAGGGAAUGUACCAUUACACUUUGCAUCUUCUUUUCAGAAGGUAGAAGCUACAAGAGUGUUGCUUGACAAUGGUGCUGAGAUCCAGGCUACUAAUGACGAGGGAGAAACAGCUCUACAUCUCGCUUGUAAGGAUGGACAUUUGGAUGUUGUGGAACUGCUUCUUAAAAAUGGGGCUGAUGUUAACGCUCUCGAUAACCAGGGGCGAACUCCGUUGUUUCAAGCAUCUGUCGAAGGUCAUAUCAAUGUCACAGAAGUUCUACUCAAUAAUAGCGCAGAUCCAAGCGUAAGGGACUCGGACGAUCAUACGUCGCUAUACCCAGUAUCCCCCCGCCGUUCUGCGAAGCCUAAAAAGCCUUUUCUUAAGACCGAAACAACUGUUGAUGUUGCGGACAACUCCGGACUCGCACCACUACAUGCAGCAGCCAGUGUUGGCCAUUUGGAAGUUGUCAAGGUAUUGAUAAAACAUGGAGCAAAUAUCAAUUGUGAAACCAAGGAUGGAUGGAGCCCUCUUCAUUGGUCUUGUUUUAGAAGGAAACCGCAAAUUGUUGAUCAUCUUUUACAAUGUGGCGCCGAGCCUUCAUGUGUAGAUAUCGCCAAUCGCUCACCGGUCUUUUUUGCAGCUGCCUGGGGCCAUGGAUCGCAAAUGCUCGAAAGCCUACUAUCAUAUGGAGCUGUAUUUGAUUCGAAAGACUGUUAUGGAGCUACUCCUUUACUUGCUUCUGUCCGAAAGAACAAUAUAGAGACUGUACGAUGUCUCUUAUCUACGAAGCGAGUCAGCCUUGAUGUGGUUGAUAAAUCAGGUCGAUCGUUGAGCUGGUGGGCAUCACACAAUCGUAACCAAGAAAUCAUGGAUAUGUUGAUAAAGCAUGGUGUAUCUUGUCAAGCAAUAUCUCCGGAUAUGACGAGAGAUACAACAAUAAUCACUAAGAAGGCGCCGAAAUAUUGCGAUGCGUGUUGGCAAGGUAUUUAUGUAUGCCACAGGUCUUAUUAUUGUGAUAUUUGCAGUGGCGGAACUUUUGAAUUAUGUUAUGAGUGUUUUAGUUGUGGUCUAGGAUGUUUCAAAGAGACUCAUCAAUUAAAGUAGAGCAAAGUUAUAAAAUUAUACUAUCCAGUUAUUUAUAUUUCUACUGGAAGGUUUACAUUAUAAACGUCUAUAGCUUAUAAU